AUAAAGUUGUUGAUUUCGUUUAAUUAUCCCGAUAAAAUAUGUCAGAAAACGACAAAACGUGUGUGCCGUUAAUUAUUUAUUACAUGAGGGAGAAAUACUACAGACAUGCCAUAAAUACAGCUGUGAAGAAUUUAAAGUUGUACAAUAAUGAUCCAGUGCUCCGGUUCUUCAAAGCUUUUGCAACUCUGAUGGAAGGUAACACACAGGAGGCUUUGAGAGAGUUUAUUCAGCUGAGAGAUCAUCCUUACCUGUCUCUGUGUUCAACAGCAGCUCUCAUUUACGCACACAAGCGCUCUGAAACUAUUGAUCUAGAAGCUGUGAACCAGCUGAACUGGGAGCUGAAGCUGUCUGGAUCCGCAGCCGGUGACAGAGCGUUGUAUUACGCUGCGCUGCUCUACUGGAUCCUGGAGCUGGAACUCAAAGCCAGAACAUGCAUUAAAAAGAUGCUGAAACUCUCUGAAACAUCGCCGGAGGGGCUUAUUCUGAAGGGCUGGAUUGCGUUGACCUCUGACACGGAAGAGAACAGACCUCAGGCUAUACGCUACUUUGACAGCGGUGUUCAGGAUGCUGGGAAUUUAUUUGGACUCAUGGGAAAAAUGGAGUUCUUCAUGGCGAAGCAGAACGAGCUGUGCGCUCUUGACAUCGCCAACCAGAUCAUCGUCUCUCAUCCAGACUUCAGCCCGGCGCUCCUCAUGAAGAUGAAGGUGUUCGUGUCUCUGCGUGACUGGGAGCAAACGGAGGCGGUCGCACAGAGAGUUCUGGAGAGAGACGGACGUGAUCUGAAAGCUCUUCAAAUGAUGACCGUCAUCGCUGCGGCUAAGGAUGGAAAUAUGGAGCUGGUGAAAGUGCGUCUUCAGGCUUUAAUGAGUGCGGUUGAGAUCUCUGAGCCCUGCAAUCCCAGCCUGCAUGUGGAGAUCACAGCAGCCAUCAGCCGACUGUGUGGACACAACCCAGAGAUCCUGCAGAUGUUGACGGUGUUUGUGCGUCGAGUGUCUUCACGCACGCCAGUGGCGUCUGAUGUCAUCUGUGAGCUCGGCUAUCUGCUCAAUCACCAAAGCAAGUAUAAGGACGCCCAUAAAUGCUACUCUACAGCACUGAAAACAGAGCCCAAGUGCACCUCCGCAUUAGUAGGCACUAUUAGAUGCCAGCUGAUGUGCGAUCAGCUUGAGGAAGCUGCCCAGCAUCUCGCGCUCUUCUGCGAAGUGCAAGAGUCUCUUGGAAAUACAGCGGAAGUUCCUCUGCUGAAGGCCCUGUUGGGCAGGAAGCAGAGCGCAGGUGAGGAGACGGUGAUGCAGCUGCUAAAAGACGCCACAGAGCUCCAUUUCUCUGCUCUUCGUGGGUUAAAUUAUGGUGUGGAAUACCUGCAGAUGCUGGACCUCAAUUUCCUUCUGCAAAUAGUGUGCAUGCACCUGGAGUCCAAACAGGAUUUUGCCCUCGUUCCUGGACAAACUCCACCAUUUUGGCUGAAACACUCAAAUAUGAUCUUGGAAACAGUCAUCAAAGCUGUUCCUGGCAUGUCGGUGAGCUGUUAUUAUAUGGCAUACAUCAAGUUCCUUCUAGGUGAGCACAGGACAGCCCGGCACUUUUUGAACCUGUGCAUAGAGAAAGGUCCGUCUGUCCCGGAGGUACACCUCCUGCAGGCCCGUCUGCACCUGAGCGCUGGAGAGCACAGCAGGUGUCUGAGCUGUCUGGAGUCUGCUGUCAGCGUCAGCUUUGAGGUUCGAGAUCGAUUCCGGUUCCAUCUGCUCAAAGCUCGUGCUCUGCUGAGAUCUGGAGACCUGAAUAACGCCAUCCAGUGUCUGAAGAUCACCAUGAGCAUGCCCAGGGUCCGCAGGCCCUCAGAGGGGCCGCAGUUCUUCAUCUCCCCCAGCGAGCGAGUGUCUGUGUACCUGGAGCUCACAGAGGCACUGAGACUCAACGGAGAACAGCACGAGGCCACUAGAGUUCUGCAGGACGCCAUUCUGCGUUUCAAAGGCACACCGGAGGAGACGCGUCUCAUGCUUGCUAAUGUGGAUCUGGCUUUAGCAAGAGAUGACGUGGACGCCGCUGUAGUCGUGCUGCAAAACAUCCUGCCUACUGAGUCAACCUACAUCCAAGCCCGAGAGAAGAUGGCACAUAUAUACUUGGAGAGGAAACACAAUGAGAAGCUUUACAUCACAUGUUACAGGGAAAUAAGUGAGCAGCUUCCAGGAGCUCAUACUAGGAUCUUGCUGGCUGAUGCCUUCAUGAAGAUACACCAGCCAGAGGAAGCAGUCAAGAUCUACCGAGAAGUAGAGAAAAUUGCUCCGAAAGAUACUUUAGCCAAGAAAAUAGGCCAGGCUUUAGUGAAGGCUCAUGAAUAUGACACGGCUGUGAGCUAUUAUGAGUUGGCUCUGAAGACGGAUACGCUGGACUGUCUUAUGAGUGUAGAGCUGUCCGAACUGCUGCUUAAACUGAAACGAUUUGAGAAAGCUCAGCAGGUCCUGGAAAAGGCCUUGGAACGUGAACCUACUGCUGCGUUGGCUACCAUGAUGAGUGAAGUAACAGUUUUACGAGUGUUAGUAAAAGUACUACGUGCCAGGAAUGAGUCUGCCCUGGACGUCAUGAAAAGGUUGCACGAUCUCCAGCAAAAAGUUGUUUUCCGAACUGCAAACGAGCAUCCGGAAGAAUUAGAGGAUCAGAGGAAGUUGUUAGUGGUGAUCUGCUGUGAUUGGGCUCGUGAGUUUCACCUCAGACGCAACCUGGAAAAGGCCAAACAGCACUACACUGACGCUUUAAAUCACAGCCCGGACAACGAGGAGGUCAUCUUUCGUCUGGCUCAGUUAUACUACGAGCAUCAGAAGCUGGAUUACUGUGAGGAACUUUGUCUGAAGAUCCUGCAGCUCCACCAAAACCACACCGCUGCCUUGAUGCUGUUGGCUGAUACAUUAUUUUGGAAGAACCAAAAAGAGGAAGCAGUCAAGAUUUAUGCCAUUAUUAUGGAGCAAAACCCAGACAACUUUCAUGCCAUGGCCAAGUUUCUGCACAUUCUGCGCAGGAUGGGGAAACUCGAUGACGUCCGGUCUGUUUUUAUAGCGUGUGAAAAGUUCAGUCCACUGUCGGUCAGAGAACCGGGUUAUAAUUACUGCAAGGGUCUCUACUUCUGGCACUCGUGCCAGCUGACUGACGCUCUGAUGCACUUGAACAAGGCCAGAGGAGACGCGGACUGGGGAGAACCAGCGGUGGAUCUGAUGGACCGGAUCUGCCUGAACCCUGACAGAGACGUCUUCGGAGGAGAGGUUUUACAUAAAGGACAAAAGCACACGAGCAGUGAGUCCGAGAGUGAGACGAGAAUAAGCACAGCUCACAACAUACUCUCGAUGUUUCGCCCGCGAUCUAAAUCUGAGCAGGACAAACUCGAGCUGCUCUCGAAUCUGUGUCGAAUCUCCAGCAAAGAGCCCAAAGAGGUGGAGAGAGCCGUGCUGGAGCUCACAGACAUGCAGGCGAAGAACGUGAUGCUGGAGGCGUCUUUGCUCAUGAUGGCUCAAGGUUUCGUUCAGCUGAAGCAGAUUCCCAGAGCCAGAAACGUCCUCAAACGCCUCAGCAGGAUAGAGUGGAGCGACACAAACGCGGAUGACUUGGAGAGCGCCUGCCUGCUCUUGGCUGACAUGUACAUCAAGACGGGAAAAUACACGCAAGUGGACAAACUGCUCGACAGCUGCAUACGACACAAUCAGUCGUGUAGUAAGGCGUACGAGUAUCGGGGUUUGAUAAUGGAGAGCGAGCAGAGACACAGCGAUGCAGCGCUGCAGUAUGAACUGGCCUGGAAACACAGCAGCAGAGCCCAUCCUGCAGUCGGGUUUCGUCUGGCCUUUAACUACCUGAAGUGCAAGAAUUACACACUGGCCGUUGAUGUGUGCCAUCAGGUGCUGCAGCAGCGUCCAGAUUACCCAGAAAUCCAAGAUGAGCUUCUGACCCGAGCUCAGCUCUCUCUCCGUCUGUGACCGUGUGUGUGAUUUACAGCGACUGGGAUCAAGAUUUCCCUUCUAAAACACUUUCAUUGAGAGAUUUUAGUUAGAAAACUAAGUAACAGUAUAGGGACCAAUUCUCACUAUAAACUAGUUGCUUAUUA